AGAGGGCGCCGGAGCGGGCGUUUAGAAAUGAUGAAGAAGUAACAGCACAGAGAUUUCACUCUUUAUAUUGACUGUUGUGAAUGAAUAUACUGGGAAGUCAAACGUCUACAGCAUGAAGAAGAUGAGAAACAGUCAUCAAAUCACGAGACACGGGUGAAAUGAAGCACUGCCUGUGUAACUGUGCAACAGUUGUCUGAGAUAUGAUGGAAGCCAGUCAGGAUGUUGUACAGGAGCAGCCUGAGGAGUCUCUGUCAGAUCAAAGCACAAAAGCUAAAGUGGAGGAGCGAGAGGCUCUGAUCCUGGAACUACAGGAUGUCAUCACUGAGCUACACCAGGAGAUGUCUCUGAAAGAACAGCAUGAGCUCCAGCAGCUUCAACAGCUGCUUCAGCUGGAGGCCAGAGUCAAAGAGCUUCAAGAGCAGGUACAGGGUUCAGAAGAGACUAUAGCUCAGCUGAGACUAGAACUGGCUGAGAGAGCGCAGAGCAACAGCGGCAUGCUGAAUGUUGCUUCCACUGAUUUCACAGCCCUCAGAGGAACACAGCUGUUGAAGACUGAGUUGUCACGUCGGGACGUGAGCAUCCAAAGACUCCGGCAAGACCUGCUCCUCUCUCAUCAGGCCCGUGACGCCCAGAGCGUUCAGCUGGACGUCCAAGAGCAGAGGCUGUGGGAUCUGCAGAGAGAGCUGCAAGAAAGCCAGCAGGAGCUCCAGAGGGGACACAACUACAACCAGCAGCUGUACGGACAGCUACAAGAUGCCAGGAAGCAAGACCAAGAGCUACAAGCUCAGCUCUCGGAGGUGAAAGGGAAUCUGGUGAAGGUGCAGGUGGAGAAUGAAGCUCUUCUGGAAAUUAAACGGCACCAGGCCACUGAGGUGGACAGAGUCUCUGCGGAGCUUAGUUUGGUUCGGUCCACGGUGUUGCAAAAGUGCGAAGAGGCCCAAGAAGCUAGGAAGAAAUGCCACGAACUGGAGGAUGAGCUGUCUGUUGUCCAAGCCAACCUGAGCCGGCGCCAGGAAGGGACGCAGGAUGCCAAAAACAGGACUGAGCUGAUACAGCGGCUGGAGGAAGAAGUGUCCAGGCUGAAAUCUCAGCAUAGUUCAGUCUGUCAGCAGGAAUCAUGUGGGCUCCAGAGAGCGCGAGAGGAGCUGACGGUGAGAGAGAAGGAGUGGAGGAAAGAAAGAUCUUCCCUUCAGGAGCAGCUCAGCAGCGUCAGAAAGGAGCUCCACAGCGCCACCAUCAGGGAAGAGGAGCAUCAGCUGAAAGUGCUGCAGAUUGAUGAACUCCAAAGAGAGGUUGACAAGACGCUGGCACUGCUUGAAAAGGAGAGAGAGGAUUGUGUAAAGGCCGAGGAGCUGGAACGACUGAGAGAAGAUCAACUCAAGGACAAGAUCAGGCAUCAGGAAGAGCUGACUGCAGAGCUGCAGAGAGGAUUUGACCAGAAGGAGAAAGAGCUGAAGGAAUGGAAAGAGCGAUGGUACUCUGUCUCAGAGAGCCUCCGGCACGCACACACACAGCUCCAGCAGGCCCAGUACAACCGAGACCGGGCCGUCAGCAGCCUGAAACUACAGCAGGAGAACAACUGCAGCCUGCAGGAUGAUGUGGACAAACUACACAUAGCGCUGGUUGAAGAGGAGUCCACGGUCUCCAGGCUGCAGCGCGAGCUACAUGAAGCAGAACAGCAGAAGAAUCUUCUGGCCUCCAGAAUAGCUGAGCUGAACUGCGACAUCCAGCAUCAGGAGAAAGAAUACAAGAGGCUCACAGAACAACAAAGAGCAGAGCAGGACGAGGUGUCCAAAAGAGAUGAGACGGUUCAGAGACUGACGGCAGACCUGCGGACUGCUCAGGAGAGUCUGACUGCUACACAAGAGGAGCUCGCAGAGCAGAUGCUGGAGGUCACGUCCAGGAGAGAGGAGGUUGUGGCCCUGCAGAAAGAGUUGAACAGUGUUCGGGAGAUCCUGAAACAGAGAGAGGAGGUGAUAGAGAAGAACAAACACAACACGACACAGCUCCAGCGAGAGACAGACUCUCUUUACAAACAGUGUGAAGGCCAGAAUGAAGAGCUGCGUGAUCUGCGUGAAGAGAUGCAGCGGUGGCAGCAGGAGGCCCAGGAGCAGAAGGAGAGACAGGUUAAGGAGGUGCAGGACCUUAAGAGAGAGCUGCAAAGCACACAAAGUCGCCUGCAGCUGCACAGAGAUAACCUGGAGAGUCUGCACCGAGUGCUGGCCCACAGACAGCAGAGAGACACAGAGGACGAGGCCUCCUGCAGGGAAGCAGCUCUCCCCAGUCAGGAUGCAGAGUUGAUUCAGCUGAAGGCAGGUUUGCUGGAGGCUGAGAAACUGGCCACAGAUGCAGAGGCCCGACUACAACCUCUUAGUGAAUCCCUCGAGCUCUGCAAACACAAGUACCAGGCCUGCCUCAGCAAGAUCGCCCAACUAGAGAACGCUCUGCAUAGCCGAGAGGAGGACCUGAAAGAGGCCCACCAUCAGGUGGCACAGAGGGAAGAGCAGGUCCUCCGUCUGAGAGCUCAGGUUGUAGCUCUGCAGGGGGAUCUGCAGGUACACUGCACCCAGCUGGAGAGUGGAGACGAUGCCCUUGCCGCACUGAGCCAGCAGCUCCGAGACACACUGGAAGACCUGGAGCACAGCCGUAAUCACGCACAAGAGUGUGAGCUGCUCAUCAGCACACUCAGAGACACUGCUGCAAGCCUUCGUCACCAGGUUGAAGAGCAAGAAGAGACGAUAGUUAAGACACAGGCUGAUUUUUCCAUCUACCGGGCCACUCACGUUCACUCCGACUCAGACUACGAAUCCCAGCUGUCCCGCGUCCAGGAACUAGAGCACGCGCUGUUCCAGUCACUGGAGCGCUGCGGUCAGAGCGGCCAAGAGCUGCGGGUCUGCCAGCUGGAGUUGGCGCGUCACCGAGAUUGCAGUCCGGCAGAGGUGCAGCGACUGCAGGAGCAGGUGAGGAAGCUCCAGGUGGAUGCAGCAGAUGAGGCCCGGAGACGAGCACAAGUUGAUACUCUGGAGCAGAAGGUAGCCAAUCUGGAAGGAGAACUACAGGCAGCUCAAAGGCAUUAUGACCAGGCUAUCCAGAAGAGAGACGCCCUACUGAGACAGUCCGAGGCUGAUCUUCUGCAGGCACGGGAGAAGAUCCGAAGCAGGGCGGCAGAGGCAGAGAAGCAGGCUAUCUCUGCUCGAGGGCUGGAAGCUGAUCUGCAGAGAGCCAAGAAAGAGAAAAGGCAGAGGGAGAAGGAGUGUGCCUCACUCAAAACACAGCUGCUUCAGCUCAGAGAACAACUGAAGGAGGCUCACGACACCUGCAGAGACACGGCCCAGGAGCUGACGCGGCAGCAGGAGAAGGUGCAUUUGUUUGAGGGAGGUCAGCGUCUGGCUCAGGAGCAGCUCUCCGAGCGUGUGGCGGAGGUGGUGCGGGCAGAGAAAGCCCAGAGGAGACUGCAGGCGGAGCUCAAGAGAAUAACAGACAGUCUGGAAAACUGCCAGCAAGAGCUGCAGGACUCACGGAGGCUGGUAGAGCGCUUGAGAGCAGAGGCCAGCAGCAGCAGACAGGAUGUGCUCAACGCUCAACAGGAAGCUGUGAGACUCCAACAGGAGAAACGGCAGAUCCAGGAAGAGCUGGACAUCAGCAGAGAGACCCUCUCAGCCCUGCAGACUAAGAUGUGUGAACAGGAGAAGCUUAUAAACACACACCAGGAUCAUGUUUCUGAGCUGCAGCUGUGCAGGAGACAACUGGAGACCAGAGAUGACCAAGAGCAAAAACACCACCAAGAGAUGAGCAGUCUGCAGGCUACAGUGUCCAAGCUGAAGCUGGAUCUGGAGCAGGAGCGGGAGAAGUGGCGGCAGGGGGUACGAGAGGCAGCCAAGGCCGAUCAGAGAGGGAGAGAGCUGAGACUGGAGCUCAGCUCAACACAGGCCUCUCAUAAAGAGUAUAUGGAGCUGCUGGCAGAGUACAGUCGAGAGGUGGCGGCCCAGAGGAGUGAGCAGGCCCGUCUGCAGCAGUGCCUGAUCCAGCUGACAGAGGAGAGGGCGGCUCAGGAGGAGCGAGUCAGACAGAUGAGUGCAGAUCUACAGAGAGCGCACAGUGAGAGCAGGUGCUCUCAAGAGGAGGCCAGGGCGUGUGAGGGGCGACUGGCGGAGCUGCACUCCCAGCUCUCACGCUCACAGCAGUGGGCGCAGCAGCACAUGACAGCCCUGCAGGCCAGAGAGGAGGAAGUGCUGCUGCUAAAGAUGGAGAUGGCUGCUCUCAGAGAGAACUACAAUGCUAAAGUAUCUCAGGUUGAGGCUUUGCACUCACAGAUGGACACUGUUGAUCAGAAAUAUAACGCAGCCGUGUGUGAGGUGGAUGUUUUGCGGCAGUGCUUAGGAGACGCACGGAGUGACAGCUCUCGACUUCACAGGGAAAGUGAACUAGUCGUGACCAAUGUGAACCAAUGGGUGAAGGAGCAAAAGCACACUAAUGAGAAACUGGCACUCAAGAUCAAAGACCAGAGCAGGAAGAUCAUCCACCUGACAGCCGAGAGAGAUCACCUUCAGGAGAAUUUGAAGGGUUUGCAGGGGGAAAUCAGGAGGCUGAAAGCAGAGAGAAUGGAAGCAGAGCAACUGAAGUGAAUAAAGAGGCAGAGGAAGAAGAAAGCACUUCCUGACCACCUGCAGCGUCAGUGCCUGUGUCUGGAUCGACUGGGAUGGCUACAGAAUUGUUGUCUGCAAACAGUCUCUUGGAUCCUUUCUUAAUCACUGACUCAAUGAGUUCUGGGAAAACAUGAUUUUCAAAUGAUGGCUGACAAUUGACCUUGUGACUGAUAGCUUAAAUUAAUAAUGUCCAGCAUUUAUAUAAUCAAAAGGCUGUGCUGACUUUUGUUCUUCAAACUUAUUCAACUGUCUGACACACGAACCUCCUUUUUUGGCAAAUUCCCAACAUUAUGGUAAAAAGGUGUUGUUAUGGUACAUGUAAUUCAGAUAGUUGGUGUCCAGAGAGGCUAAUGAAUGGAGUUUCAUUCGUUCUGUUCAGAAACCAGCCAGUAAAAUCCAAGCGUUGGAUCAGACUAGGCAGUAGGCCACAUGAACUAUUAAACUUGCAAAUUUAAACUAAACUCUCUACAUUUGCACAAAGGAAAGGAAUGGUAGAAUACAGUAUGAUGGAUGUUUUUAGAAAGCAGAAUAAUUUAUUUCAGUCCGCAACAAUACUGGGGUGCAUUUCCCAAAAGCGUCGUUAGCCAACUAACGUUGCAAGUUCCGUCGGUACUAACAUAGUUCAACGAUUACGAAUGUCAUUUACAUAUUUUAGUUUGUUAAGAUAUUUUAAGCGCCGUUUUUGAAGAGUGCGUAUGUGCGUCAGAACGAGCCUAAGAUUGAAUCUGGAAAUAAAGCAAAAUAACUGAGAAAAAUGAGAAUUGGUCCUCAGAUUCCACGUAAUUUAUAGCAAAAAAUCUAGCAUUAAUUCGAUCUCAAACGGAUUAAUUUAAAGUUAUUACUACACCACCUACAUGACAUUAUUCACCGACGUGGCUGAACGACAGGUUUGCGACAAUACGCUUUUGGGAAACAGUCGUGACUAGCUAGUUGAUUUGUUCAACAAUGCAUCGUACUAUGGUAGUGAAGCAGCGAGUUACGUUGUUGUACGGGAAACGCACCCCUGGUUGGUUAACCUAGGAUUUUUUUCUUGAAAUUGUGUGACUGUUUCUCAUUUAGGGUCAUUAACAUGCCUGCAACUUUCGAAAACUCUGAGGUGUUGGAGAAUGUGCGUAUAAAUGUUCUAUUACCAUUGUGAUGUUAGCGGGUCAAUUUGCCCCGCAAAUUUCAUGGUUAAUGGUUAGAGCUGCAUGACUAUUCGUUAAAAGAUUGCAAUCUCAAUUCAAACACCAACGCGAUUCCAUUCCUAAAUAACAUCGCCUGCGUCUAUUAAACCUUUGACAAAAUCACACUGGAACAUUCAGAUCUGGCUUCACGCUGCCGCUGACCCAGAGAAAGCAGUUCACAGCUUCACAAACAGUCUUUUCAACCACACAGUAUCGUUAUUUCUGUGUUAAAACAAUUCAGAUUAUCACAGAAGUACUGGGAUAAAAGUUUAUAGUUACGAUAUAAACACUGAUGUCUACGGAAGUGAUCAAAAUAGAGCAAAUCACCUUUUGAAAGUAACUUGGCGCUUCAAAUAAUGAUUGUAUCGAUUACGCCACCAGGUGGCGACAAAUGACUAUUAAAAAUGUAUUUGUCAUUGAA